CAUAAAGCAAACAGUCCUCAGGAAUCUCUGUGACAUCGACAUUGACAUUAACUUGCUAUUGUCUUCUUAUGCGGGUUUCUUGGUGGACGACUCAGCCUUCACUUUUCUUUUCAGCCAGGUGAUUUUCUGCAACAGGUACAAAUGAAGAAGGAACAGGCACCACACUGGAACCUCUCUGUCACUGUGCUACGUGGACAUUUCCAGCAUUCAUAUGAUUACUUUUCACUGCCUGACCUCUACGUGACCCUGCGCCUGCCCACAGCCUCCGCUUGUACUCUGAGAACCAAGAUAAUCAAUAACUCCAUUUCACCUGAGUGGAACGAGACCUUUACCUUCCGCACCAACAGCCAGGUGAAGAAUAUUCUGGAGUUAAACCUGUAUGACGCGGACAUAGUGCGGGAUGACGAAUGCGCCAGUAUUCUGUUCGACAUCAGCACCCUCCAACUGGGUCAGAAGGAGACCAAAGUCUUCAUGACGGAUGACGCGAAGAAGGACAAGCUGUGGGUGGAGUUUGAGCUGACAGAGAGUUCUGAAGAACCUGCUCAGUACCUCUCUAACGGAGUCCUCUUGGCCGCCCCGUUGUCCACUCUGGAGGUGAAGUUGGACAAACUGCCUGUUAACUUUCAAAAAGACAUGCUGUUAAAAUUACAAGGAGCGUAUAACGAAAAGCAAGUGAUCUCUCUGUCGAAGAACAGCAGCUUCAUGCAGGUUCUUCGCUACCACAUCAACAAAAGCCUGGAGACCAAGAUUGAACUCCAGACAGAUACAGAAAGCACAUCAGGAGCUUCUGUAACUCCAUUUGCAUCCACCAGUGAAUUUACACUCUCUCUUCCUGUUGCAAAGGACAAAGUGAAUUUACAUUUGAACACAGUUGACAGCUCCGAGGAGGACAUGAAGGUGCGUCUGGAUUUUGACAUACCUGCAGAGGAGAAGGCAUUUCUGGUGAAGAGGAGAGAGGUGGUGUCUCGUGCACUGCAGAAGUAUUUUAAUCUUGAAACUCCUCUGGAACCCACACAGGUGCCAACAGUGGCUCUUGUGUGUUCAGGAGGCAGUUCCAGAGCCAUGACGGGUGUAUACGGUUUUCUGAAAGGACUACAGAGCCUCGACCUGCUCGACGCCGUCACCUACAUCACCGCUGUGUCUGGCUCCACCUGGUCCACUGCUAGUCUCUACUCUGAGCCAUUUUGGUCAAAGGAAGGCCUAGCGAAAGUGAUAGCGUCUUCUCAGAAGGAGCUGUCGAAGAGCAAAGCCAGUCUCUUCUCUCCUAAGCAGCUGUAUUAUUAUCGCUCCGAGCUGCAGGACAGAGAGAAAGAAGGCCACUCCGUCUCCUUUAUUGAUACCUGGGGGCUCAUCAUUGAACACCUCAUCUUUGGAAAGAAAUGCACAGAUACGCUGUCUGACCAGAAGAAGGCCGUCUCUGAGGGCCAGAACCCGCUCCCCAUUUACACAGCAGUGAACAUGAAGAAGGACAGCACCGGUUGCUCAGUGCCUGAGUGGUGCGAGUUUACCCCAUAUGAGGUGGGAUUCUCCAAAUACGGAGCCUUUGUCCCUGUAGAACAUUUUGGGAGCGGUUUCUACCUGGGUCAUGUAGUGAAGAAGCUACCGGAAACACGCCUCACCUUCCUCCUGGGUGUGUGGAGCAGCUUUUUCUCUGCUAACCUCUUGAAGCUCUGGAGCCUUUAUUCUGGAGGGAUACCAGCCUGGGCUACCCGGCUCGGAGAUAAAGUCGACACGAUCGAGAGAAAUACUAAAUCCACAAACUUGGAUACUUUGCGCAUCAGACCAGAGGCUUCGAGGUUGAGCAGCUUCCUGAAUGACUGCCCCAUCAUCAGCAGCAUCUUUAACUUCCUGAGAGGAUUCUCUCUGCACAACUUGUACAGAGAAAGCCCAGAAUUCAACACCAGUAACGACACACAUCCGGACGCCUUUCCGAACAAGUUGACUCCAGUGGACUCCACUCUCAGCUUGGUGGAUUCUGGGUUUGCCAUUAACACAGCGUUCUGUCCUGUGCUACGACCCCACAGGUGCGCCGACGUCAUUCUGUGCCUCGAAUACAGCUGGGCUGAGGAUCAUUUAAUGAACUUAAAGGAAACACAGCAAUACUGCAUUGAACAUAAGUUGCCGUUCCCAAAGAUAGAUUUCAGCCAGUACAAAUCUCAGCCAAAAAGAGAAGUGUACGUGUUUGAAGAUGAGAAGAAUCCUGAUGCUCCCAUCGUGAUCCAUUUUCCUCUGGUCAACAUCUCAUUCAAAGAGUAUAAAGCACCAGGAGUAAAACGAAAUGGAAAGACGGAGCUCAAGGAAGGAAAUAUUGAUGUGAGCUCCAGCUCCUCUCCAUACGCUACCCAGAACAUCACGUUUGAGCCUGAAGACUUCCGAAGGCUCGUAGAUUUGACCUCCUACAACAUCAUGAACAACAGAGAUAGCAUCAGAAGCUCACUGAAGAAAGCUCUGAUUAAAAAAGGGCUUGCUAACAUGCCCUCAGAAGAAACUACAAGCUCCUGCGUAAUAAUGUAAAGUGUGUUCUAAGAUAUGAAGGAAAUCCGUGUGUUGUGUUUUAUUUAAAUCUGUUUACCUGAAAAACAUGUUUAAAAUCAGAUCAAUCACCAUGCAUUUAUGUUGGGGGAGAGAGAGAGAGAGAGAGAGAGAGAGAGAGAGAGAGAGAGAGAGAGAGAGAGAGAGAGAGAGAGAGAUAGAGAGAGACAGACAUAGAGA